AUGGGUGGAAAAGGAGGUGGCGGUGGUGGAAAAGGAGGAGGCAGCGGUGGCGGAGGAGCAAAAGGCGGUGGAGGUGCAGGUGCAGGUGCUAAAGGUGGUGGGUUGGCUGCUAAAGGAGGCGGCGGCGGCGGUUCUUCGGGGACAAUGAAGGCGCCGGGAGGAGGCGGAGAAUCCAUUUCAAGGGCUGGAUUUGAGAGCAACCCUCAAGCCUACUUUUCUGGGCUGCAUGCUGCUGAUAAAGCAUCUAAAUAAUUAUAUAUAUUGUCCAAGGUUUAUCUAUAAAUUAUGAAUUAAUAUUUGGGAGUUUCUUGCACAUGUUAUCUAUAUGUAUCAUGUGCCCAACUCUUUUAUGAAUGGA